AUGCUCCUGAGGCAGAUGCACGCCAGGGUCUCCCACUCCCUGCCAGACCCAUGCCAAGCAGAAGACAGCAGGCCCUCGGCCACCUGUGCCUUGAAGGAGGGGCUGUCUCCAUGCCACCUGUUGACAGUGAGGGUCAUCCGGAUGAAAAAUGUCCGGCAGGCUGACAUGCUGAGCCAGACAGACUGUUUUGUGAGCCUCUGGCUGCCCACCGCCUCUCAGAAGAAGCUGAGGACAAGGACCAUCUCCAACUGCCCAAAUCCAGAGUGGAAUGAAAGCUUCAACUUCCAGAUCCAGAGCCGAGUGAAGAACGUGCUAGAGUUGAGUGUCUGUGAUGAAGACACAGUGACACCUGAUGACCAUCUCCUGACAGUUCUCUAUGACCUCACCAAGCUCUGUUUCCGAAAGAAAACCCACGUGAAGUUUCCACUCAACCCGCAGGGCAUGGAAGAGCUGGAGGUGGAGUUCCUGCUGGAGGAGAGUCCCUCUCCACCUGAGACCCUCGUCACCAAUGGCGUGCUGGUGUCUCGACAAGUCUCCUGCCUGGAGGUUCAUGCACAAUCCAGGAGGCGGAGGAAGAGGGAGAAAAUGAAGGACCUCCUGGUGAUGGUGAAUGAAUCCUUUGAGAACACCCAGCGUGUCCAGCCCUGCUUGGAACCCUGCUGCCCAACCUCUGCCUGCUUCCAAACCGCUGCCUGCUUCCACUACCCCAAGUACUUCCAGUCCCAGGUGCACGUGGAAGUGCCCAAGAGUCACUGGAGCUGUGGGCUUUGCUGCUGCUCUCGCAAGAACGGCCCCAUCAGCCAGCCCCUCGACUGCCUUUCCGAUGGUCAGGUGAUGACCCUGCCUGUGGGUGAGAGUUAUGAAUUACACAUGAAGUCUACACCCUGCCCUGAGACACUGGACGUGCGGCUGGGCUUCAGCCUGUGCCCAGCAGAGCUGGAGUUUCUGCAGAAGCGGAAGGUCGUGGUGGCCAAGGCCCUGAAGCAGGUGCUGCAGCUGGAGGAAGACCUGCAGGAGGAUGAGGUGCCGCUGAUAGCCAUCAUGGCCACUGGGGGUGGAACAAGAUCCAUGACCUCCAUGUAUGGCCACCUGCUGGGGCUGCAGAAGCUGAACCUCCUGGACUGUGCCAGCUACAUCACUGGUCUAUCAGGGGCCACCUGGACCAUGGCUACCUUGUACCGUGACCCUGACUGGUCCUCCAAAAACUUGGAGCCUGCUAUCUUUGAGGCUCGGAGACACGUGGUAAAGGACAAGCUACCCUCCCUGUUCCCAGACCAGCUCCGCAAAUUCCAGGAGGAGCUCCGGCAGCGCAGCCAGGAAGGCUACAGGGUCACCUUUACAGACUUCUGGGGCCUGCUGAUAGAGACCUGCCUGGGGGACGAGAGAAAUGAAUGCAAACUGUCAGAUCAGCGUGCUGCUUUAAGCUGCGGCCAGAACCCCCUGCCCAUCUACCUCACCAUCAAUGUCAAGGAUGAUGUAAGCAACCAGGACUUCAGAGAGUGGUUCGAGUUCUCCCCCUACGAGGUGGGCCUGCAGAAGUAUGGGGCCUUCAUCCCCUCCGAGCUCUUCGGCUCCGAGUUCUUCAUGGGGCGGCUGGUGAAGAGGAUCCCGGAGUCUCGAAUCUGCUACAUGCUAGGCCUGUGGAGCAGCAUCUUCUCCCUGAAUCUGCUGGAUGCCUGGAAUCUGUCACACACCUCGGAGGAGUUUUUCCACAGGUGGACAAGGAAGAAAGUGCAGGACAUCGAAGACGAGCCAAUCCUGCCUGAAAUCCCCAAAUGUGAUGCUAACAUCCUGGAGACCACGGUAGUGAUCCCAGGGUCAUGGCUGUCCAAUUCUUUCCGAGAAAUCCUUACCCAUCGUUCCUUCGUGUCUGAGUUUCACAACUUCCUGUCUGGGCUGCAGCUGCACACCAACUACCUCCAGAAUGGCCAGUUCUCUAGGUGGAAAGACACAGUGCUGGAUGGUUUCCCAAACCAGCUGACCGAGUCCGCGAACCACCUGUGCCUGCUGGACACUGCGUUCUUUGUCAACUCCAGCUACCCGCCCCUCCUCAGGCCAGAGCGAAAAGCCGACCUCAUCAUCCACCUCAACUACUGUGCUGGGUCCCAGACAAAGCCCCUGAAACAAACUUGUGAGUACUGCACUGUGCAGAACAUCCCCUUCCCCAAAUACGAGCUGCCAGAUGAGAAUGAAAAUCUCAAGGAAUGCUACCUGAUGGAGAACCCCCAGGAACCCGAUGCCCCCAUCGUGACUUUCUUCCCACUCAUCAAUGACACUUUCCGAAAAUACAAGGCACCAGGUGUAGAGCGAAGCCCUGAGGAGCUGGAGCAGGGCCAGGUGGAUAUUUAUGGUCCCAAAACUCCCUAUGCCACCAAGGAGCUGACAUACACAGAGGCCACCUUUGACAAGCUGGUGAAACUCUCAGAGUAUAACAUCCUGAAUAAUAAGGACACUCUCCUCCAGGCUCUGCGGCUCACAGUGGAGAAGAAGAAGCGCCUGAAGGGCCAGUGUCCCUCCUAGGCCCCAGGGAGCCUCCCCUGUUCUGUGUCAGCUUCUGCCAUCAGAGGUGCAGGACCCCUCAGGGCUGACCAGGUUACUACGCAGCCAGCUCUGCUCUCUGGCAAUGGGUGUGAGCAGGUUGGCCUGGGCUUUCUAACGAAAAAUAAAAAAUUUUUAAAAGUUGAGAAAGUCAGAAAGAGAGAGAGAGGAGCCCUGUUGGGGUUUUAUACCCACUAGAGUUUCUUCAAGUGCUUCCCUACAGAGAAGGUGGUCUCAUAGCCACAGGCUCCCACACGUCUGUGGAGAGGAAAAGCCUGGGGAAGAGGCUGGGCCCCCAGAAACCUCGACUCAGAGGCAGAGCCCAGGGCUGGCAGCCCUCCCCUCUCUGUCCUCCAGCUCGUGUGGCGGGCCUAGGGAAAUGCACAGAAGGACCUGAGAGGCACUCGGCGUUUCCCUGGAAAAACACUUCAAAAUUUAAGGCAAUUCUAGUCUUGUGAUUUUUGUGUUUUUUUAGACGGAGUCUCACUCUGUUGCCCAGGCUGGAGUGCAAUGGCACGAUCUCGGCUCACUGCAACCUCUGCCUCCCAGGUUCAAGCAAUUCUCCUGCCUCAGCCUCCCAAGUAGCCGGGAUUAUAGGCACCCGCCACCACGCCCAGCUAAUUUUUUGUAUUUUUAGUAGCCAGGCUGGUCUCAAACUCCUGACCUCAGGUGAUCCACCUGCCUCGGCCUCCCAAAGUGCUGGGAUUACAGGCAUGAGCCAACGCACCCAGCCCUAGUCUCAUUAUUUUUAUAGGCAAUUAUAUUUCAUGAUUUUUAUUUUUAUGAAUCGGAGUAUUAAUAGGAAGCAUGAAGCUAGAAGAUCUAGAUGGAGCCCUAGAAAUAAGCCAGUCUAUGCCACAACAAAGCCAAAUAGGUAGCCGGUUUCAGUGGCUCUCUCCAGCUACCCAGAGCUCCAGGGCUGGUGAUCCAUGUCAUCAUGACCAGGCAGCCAUGCCCAAGCAUCCAGCUCCAAACAAAUGC